CUCCUGAAAAAAGAAAUGUUGACACGGGUGUUAGUCCUGGGAGUCUCUUUUCUUCCCAUUCAAGAACAAGCCAGUACAAGUGAUUCUGGAAAAGGGGAGGGGACUGGCCAGGGGACAGAAGAUACUUACGCGGCGCUGGGAGCAGGGGGACCGAGCCUUUUUUUUUUCCUCCCCCGCCGGCCGAGAGGAAAACACGCGCUCGCUCACGCCCGCCGCUACCUUGCGGGUGAUGACUAUGAUAAUUGGCCGAGGGACGGUGAGUCUGGACAGCAGCGAGCAGGCGAGCGGUCGGGGCGAGCGCGGGGAGCGCGGAGGGGGAGCGCGGAGGCGAGCGGCGCGGAGGAGCCGAGCGGGGCGCGGGGCGCGGGGCGGGCGCGGCGGACCCGGCCGAGCUCUGCUGCGCCGCCCGCUCUCGCGGCUGCGAGGGUGUACGGUUUCCGAGCGCUCCCUCGGCUGAGGGCUGCGCUCCACGACAAGAUUUACUUUAAGACACAGCUGAAGGAAACAGGAAGACUGCACGUCACAGUCUCACUGACGUCCCCGGCCCGGCGCCCAAUCGCGAGGCGCCUUCGGAUUCAAGGGGGGAUAGCGAGGCAAGAGAACUUGGGAGGAAAAAAAAGAUAUAAAAGGGGUGGGGGUGAGGGGCUGGGAAAAGAGGAGGGGAGAGGGGGCCUGCGCUCCUCCUCCCCCGCCUCCGCCUCCGGCCCCCACCCCCGUCCCCGCCCUGCCCCUGCUUCGGGGCCGCGGAGUCGCCGCGCACGGGGCCGGGCCCGAGCGAGCCCUCCGCGGCACCACGCAGAGCGGCAGACGGCGCGAGCGGCGCUGGGCUGGCGCUCGCUCUUCCCGGACGCAGCACAGCAACCGGCUUUUACUAAAGCAACCCAGUUUUUGACUUCAAGGUCCUACCAAAGCCAGGACUUGCAGGGGCUGCAAAGCAGAAACACAGCUGGAUUAGACACACUCAUUCUCUUAAGUAAGAUGGAAACCUUUUCAUUAGAAGCUGCGCAUCAGACCAAUGAAACCACAGGACAAAACAUUCUAUUCAAGGAGGGAACAUCAAGAAGGAAAAGAAGGUCAACAUUCCUAGGCCAUGUUGCUCCUUCACUCCUGAGGUCCCCCUGGCGCCUUUUCCCUUCCAGAUAAGAUAGUUACUAUUUGCGAGACUGCUAAACGUGGCAAUGGGUGACCCUGUUGGAAGAGGAGAGUGGACCGGACGAUUCUGGUUCUCAGCCAACCAACCCGGGUGGAUGCUUAUUAUCUGUGUUUGAUUCAGCUGGGUUUCCAAAACCUCAGUUCACAGCGCUAGUCUAGAAGAAUCUGGAUGAGGGACGGCAGUGUCAACACCUCCUCCCCUCUCAAUAUUCCAAAGUUGUCUGUUAGUGAGAAUGGCGAAGGAUAAGUGUGAGGGAAAAAAAAAAAAAAAAGCUUUUCCUCCCCCUUUCUGAGUUGUUGUAACUGGGCUGAUAGUCAAACUAACAGAAGAAAAUCCCAUUUUUAAUACAUCAGCAUGGGGAACUCAUAGAAGCAUGAGCACUUCAAAGACUGGGACAACACAGAGCAUACAAGACGCUUCUGACGAAGGAGGAAGGGUUUCGGAAGUGAGGAUGGGCAGAUCGCAGAAAGUCGAAGAACACGCACGGCAGGCAAAGCCUGCACAGACGACUCAGAGACAGUGGCAUACAGCGGGUGCCCAGGCCCGAAGCCCUCACAUUUGCUCCGCUUGAUUCAAAUUAGGCUAAGGGAACAGUCUGAGAUUUCCUUCCUGAAGCAGGUUUUUCUGUCUGAAUGUCUUGAGCAGGAAAAGGGUCAAAAAGGAGGGUCAAAGCUUCUUUCUGCGUCUUUUGUGUCUUAAUAACCAGCUUCAAAUCGAUACCCUAAAAGGCAGCUUCAAGGUGGCAAAACCCGGGUCCCCUUCAUCAUACUUGUAGCAUUCACUGAGCAUCUUCUUUGGCAGAACUGCGCCAGCUUUUUUAUACCUGCCAUUUCCAUCUUCUUCAUUCCAUAAUGCUCCAGAUUCUAAGACCCAUCAUCAAUUUCAAGGUGGCCAUUGGGGGAAAAGGAGACUACAGUGACCUUAGUACACAAGGCAUUGUAAGCCGUACUGAUUUCAGGAACAGAAUAAAAUAGGAGGGAAAAACCCCUGAACCUUAAAAGUGAAGAAGUGGAGGAUAAGGGUAGUUCUCGCAACAGCCCUGAGAAGAAUCAGCCCCACUUUAUGGAUGGCUAGAUGGACAUUAGUUGGGGAAGCUGUCACCAUGCGCCAAGGCUGCGAAGCCAGUGAGUGGCUGUUGGAACUGGAACCCAGGUUUUGCCUGCAGCCAGAGCCCAUGAACCUCUGCAGACUCCAAGUUUUGUCAGUGUUUUCCCAGCCCCUGUUUGGUCCUCACCCUUCUACCCCAAACACUCCUUCUUCCCCUGCCCUCCAAGCAGUGAGACUUCCAGAAGGACUAUGAAAUUCACUUGGGGGGGGGGGGGAGGUACAAAAUAGUCAAAUUACCUUUUUUUUUUUCAGAUUCAAAUAAAGUCUUUAAACGGUAAAAACCAUGCAUACCAGGUUUUGCUGUGCACCGCAGGAAGCCCGUGAAUUCAAGGGUCCCCGUAUUGCUGAAAAUAGAAUUGUAAAAAAUAAAAGGGGUGGGGGAGAAAGUGAAGGAAACUAAUCCUAUUAAACGUGGUAGCGUGUUUUUGUGGCUCGCAGGGAGAGAUUAAGCACAGGAAAGGGGGUAAGUACUGCUUCAGUUUCACUAAACUAAUGUGACAACUUGUCAUUGGAAAUCUUUGCAGCUUGUUAGUAGAUGGCUAACUGAUUCAGUGGAGUUCUCUAUCAUUCUCUUUGUGUCUCCCACGAGGUGUUUUUUUUUUUUUAAUUUUCUUUCUUUUCCUGUUUCUUUCUUGCCGUGCUGCUCUCUUUUGCUUUCUAAUCCUUCGUGUCUCCUUCAAGUCAAAACAUUUAGCUGGCUCUAAUCAAGAUUUGGUUUUGAAGAUGCCCCUUGACCUUGCAUUGCCCAGAGAAGCUGGGGAGGGGCCAGUUUGCCAUCCUUAACCCUGGGGUCUGUCCGGUGGCUUGAAAAAUAAAGCUUCUGGGGAAACCAAAAACUCUGGUUUCAGAUUUCAUUUUUCCUCUUUUCACUUCCUUGUUUUAUGCUCUUAUUCUCUUCUUGCAUUUCCUUGCCAAACCUCCGUGUCUUCUCUCCCCUCUUUCUUGUUUUUCCAAUUUCCUUCUUUCUUGCUUUCCCACCACUUCCUCUUUCAUCUCUUUCCUAGAAUUUCUUUUUCCCUCUUUAACUCACUCCAAUAAUUCUUAUUCUUUCUUUCCUUCAUGGAUAAACGUUACGGAUCCCCCACGAUGGUAGUUCUCCCAUGGACUUUGCUCCUGGUGAAGGGGCCAGCGUGGUGGGGAGGGGGGCCAGGGUCUAUGGUCCCAGACAUGCAGGGAACCAAAGGCUGGUCAGAAUCAGGAGGAAGCAAGAGCUUUAGGCUUGGUCCCUGUCUUUCCAAAGCAGGUGUCCGGCUUGUUUGGAAAUGUGGCUGACUCUGCCUCUCUUUUGCCUUGGCAUCACUUUCUCCUGCUGUCCUCUGCCCUCCCCCGCUCCAACUUUCCCCACUGGCUUACCACCAGAGGCCGAGAUGUUGAGUCAAUGGAAAAACAACAUUCGCCAACAUUAAAGGGAGAGUGUUUAGAAAAGGAAGGCCCUGCUGAGGUGCAGAGGAAGCCUGUACAUUAACACAGGCCACCUCUUAUCUGGGGCAGCUGGGCCUGAGCUGCCUGUGCUGAUUCCCUGGCUUUGCCAAGAGGCCUUCAGCAGAGGAGCCGCCUGGCGGGGUGGGGGGGCUGAUGCUUACCCAUCGGCUUCACCAGCACUUCCAGAGACAAAAGUCAUCGCUCCCCCCCCCCCCCCAGACUUCAUGGGAAAACCUGGACCAAUAAGCAAAGUUCUGCAAAGGAAAAUACCCCUCUAGGCCUGCUGUGGACACCACUCACCAUGAACCUGGCUCCUCUCAUUGCCAGUCUUUUUGAGGACUUCCAAGUUCUGUAAGGACUGGCCAUUCUGACCUGAAAGUAAAUUAGGAAGAAGGACAAGCUAAAGUGACCCAAAGGAGAAGAAGAAAAAUGCCUGUGGCUAAGUUCACCCUGGCUCUAAAUGGCUUACCGUUAAGUUUCAAGCCAGCUCUUGAUGGAAAGAUAAGACACUGCUACCAGCAUGACACCUAGCCUCUCUGGACCCCCCUGUGUGAUUUGUAAAGUACCUCCUGCAUAGAGUUGUGACAGUGACCCAGUGCGUGUCAGGGAGCCGGCCCACGGGAUUCACUUACUGCAUCUAGUUGCUGUUGCCUGUGUGUCGGCCCAGUGCUCUUGUCUGACUUGCGUUCUGCCCAUGCUCCAGCCUCCGUGACUCCAAGCCCAUAGAGGCAACCAUUCUUUGCUUUCAAUGGGACAGAAGAGCUCCUUGGCACUGGAAGCCUCCUGGUCUGGUGAGGGAGGCAGGAGGGACUGUUCUGGGGACAUGCGGGCAUCGUCAACACUCAGACUGAGGAAAGAGCUGGGGCCUUGGCCUUGGAUUAUCAUUAUCUAAGGAUGGUCAGACUGUGAGCAGAUCACAGAAGGUAAGCCACGCUGAAGAACUGCCCGGAGACACCUUUCCAGUGUGCCCAUUCUUAUCUCCGCGGAGGACCGACAGAUUCAUCGUGUUCUCAUUUCAGCCUGUCUGUGUUCUGCCAAUUGCUAGCUGUGUGAUCCUGAAAGUCAAUCCCUCUGUGCUCCAGUUUCUAAAAAAAUAAUAAAAGAAAAA